UUGAAACCUGAUUUCAAUCUUGCUUUGUUUUGCAGUAUAUCAAUAUGAGAAGUCACAAAAUAUCAGUUCUUUUGAGGAAGAGGUUUACAACACCAAAUUGGGUCAAGCACAAGGAACCGAGAGAAGUUCAUAUGUUUGUUGAUUUAUUUCUUCAAGAGUUUGAAGCAAUAGGAAUUGAAGUGAAGCAGAUUUUGCCUCAAGGGGUUCAUCGUAAACAUCGUCGAACAGACAGCAAUGGGAGCACCACUUCUUCACGCAGUAAUCCAUUACGAGAUGAUAAAAUCAUCCGGUCAAAUACCCAAAGGGCGAGGAGCCAGCUUCUGGAAACCCAUCUAGCAAAAUUGUUCAAGCAAAAAAUGGAAAUUUUUACAAAAGUUGAGCAUACACAGGAAUCGGUGGUAACAACUAUUGUAAAACUUUGUCUGAAGAGUUUGCAAGAGUUUGUCCGCCUCCAGACCUUUAACCGGAGUGGAUUCCAGCAAAUUCAGUUGGACAUUCAGUUCUUGAGAACUACUUUGAAGGACACCGUUGAAGAUGAAGCUGCAAUUGAUUUCCUGCUUGAUGAGGUGAUUGUUGCUGCUGCAGAACGUUGUCUUGAUCCAGUUCCCUUGGAAAUCCCAAUCUUGGACAGGCUUAUAGAAGCAAAGUUGGCAAAGACCUCAGAACAGAAUCCAGCCUCGUCAUGACAAAAUGGAAUAUCGAGUCCAUAAUACAAUUGUCUGUGUCAGUGUAGGAUCAAUGCUUUAUGUGCAGCGGUUUCAGUUGAUGAUCUAAAUCGGACCUAUGGGUUUCUGAAGUGAAUGAUCAGCCAAUAUUGUAUUUUGUAUGCAUCAGCUAAGUUGCUCUCUUUAUAUUGAAGUUUGUGGUGUGUAAUAAGUUAACUUGCAGAGAAUAUGAAUGCCCCAAUCUUGAAUUACUAAGGAGUGUUAGAUCAGCUUUCCAUCUUGUGAUCUAUUUGCUUCUAAAAUCGUACAUAUAUGGUUUUAUGAUAGCUUUUUUUAAGUUUGUGGCAUAA